AAUUCGAUGCUAUCCGGAAGAUCCGACUAGAUCCACCUCUGUGAAUGGACGUUCGUUCGGAAGCCACGCAAUGAAGAAUCACAGGCUUGGGGGAAAGUCCAAGACGGAUGUUCCGGACAUGAGCUGAAAUGUGAGUGGCUGUGAUUGUCCUGAGUUGUUAUGUGCAAUGCGGUGUACAACUACUAUGUCACCUGACCGCUCGCUUGUUGGAAAUGGUGGCGCCUCGUAGUUCUAAUACCUGCUUGUUUGUAUCUUUUAUCUUUCAUCUAGACCCUCUCUACCCACGUUUGUGAUCCAUGGCCUCACUCAAUGCUACCCUCCGCGUUCCUUACAAGACACUACCCGACCUGGAGAUCGAGACGGAUGUCUACCUCCCGUCGUCUACUCCAUCAACAGUUACCAAGUAUCCCGUGAUCCUUAACAUCCAUGGUGGGGCUUUCAUGCUGGGAUCCUCAAGCAUGGUCAACAAGGAUCAGGUCCAAAACUGUCUUGAUCGUGGCUGGAUUGUCCUUGCCCUAGAUCAUCGCCUCUGCCCACAAGUCAGUAUUCUCGACGGCCCGUUACGAGACUGUAGAGAUGCUUUGGCUUGGGUUUAUGACGGAGGACUCUAUCAAGCUUUGAGGGCGCACGGCUUUGAAAAGUUUGGAGUAGAUACAGAUCGUGUCAUGGGCUUUGGUACGAGCUCUGGAGGUCACUUGGCUCUGGGAUUGGCAUACGGUGUUUCCCGCCCAGUUGCUGCUGUACUCGACUUCUAUGGCCCAGCCUCGCUCAAGGACCCUAUCUGGACCACACCACUCGCACACGUGCCCACACCCGAUGUAUCAGAAGAAUUCAUAAACCGCAUUUUUGACGGCCCGGUCCCGACCGUUGGUGGAAUGUCGCUCGAAGGCCAAGGCCAGCUCUCACCCAAGGACGACCCACGAACUGCAUUCGCACUGACUAAAAUAUCACGUGGUGAGGUAAUCCAGACAAUUCAACCAGACGGGAAUCUAGCGGCAAUUGACCCCUGUGAGAACGUGUCUGCCACAUGGCCACCAGUGUGCAUCGUGCAUGGGCUUGCCGAUGACAUGGUCCCGGUUCAUUUGAGCCGCGCUCUGUACGCUCGGAUGAAGGAUUAUGGGGUCGAUGCCGAGAUGAUCGAGAUCGAAGGCGAGAAACAUACCUUUGCCGGAAAGAUGGUCAAGGGAAGUAAAGUCUGGGACGAACAGAGGAAAGGGUUCGAUUUUCUCGAAAAGAUUGUCGGAAGGGGUCCAGGCUUCUAGGAAUGGACGAUCAACACGUCCUUUGUC